AUGUUACGUGACGGCUUGAGUGAGGCGAGACCUGCCACUCCAGAAAUCCAGGAGAUUGCUGACAGGAUUAAAGCAGAGAUUGAAGAAAAAACAAAUGAGACUUACCAAGAAUUUAAAGCUGUGCAGUAUAAAAGUCAAGUAGUUGCUGGAACUAAUUUGUACAUUAAGGUAGGUAAUGGUCCUUAUAUUCAUGUGAGAGUAUUCAGAGGUCUUCGUGGACAAAAUGAUUUGGAGCUUACUGCCUAUGAAACAGACAAAUAUGAACAUGAUGAGCUGUCUGCCUAA